GUAUUUUUUAUUCGCGUAUAAGUAUGGCUGUAUUAAAAUUAAUAUUCAUUAUACUCAGUAUCUGUGGAUGCUGGAGACCUUCAUCUUGGUCGCUCUCGUUUUAUAAAUGUCUCGUUUAUAAUUUAUACACCAUCUUUGUAGCUUUUAUAAUAUCAUCUCAAGCUUUAUCGCAAAUGAUCAAUAUUUGUUUAAACGCAAACGAUUCGAGCAAUUUUUCUGACGAUAUUUACAUAUUCUUGGCAAUGCUUGUAGCUUGUUUCAAAAUGUUAAGUCUUGUGAUCAAUCGUAAUAAUAUUGUUAACUUAACUGUUACUCUGGUACAAGAACCAUAUCAAACAUUGGACAAUAUGGAAACAAACAUUCAAAUCAAGUUCGACAAAUUGUCUCGGUUUGUAAUACUCAGGUUUAACACUCGCAGUUAUGCGUUUUUGAUCACAUUAUCAGUGAUGAGUUUUUUAUUCCUCUCAUUGAUUACAGAUUUUAGAAAAAGACAAUUAACUUUUCGAACUUGGUUGCCGUUUGACGAUAACAUGACACCUGUUGUAUUUUAUUUAACGUACACUCACCAAAUGCUAGCAGUGACAUUAGGAGCAAUGAUUCACGUCGCUCUAGAUACUCUGAUCUGCGAUUUUCUGAUUAACAUUUGCUGUCAGAUUAGGAUCUUGGAAAAUCGCCUUACAAAUAUCUCGAAUGAACGGAAGACCAUUUUGAAACUUUGCAUUCGUCAUCACGAGUGUAUAUACAGAUUUGCUGAUGUCGUAAACGAAACGUUUAAAUUUACAAUCUUCGUUCAAUUUCUUGCAAGUACAUUGACGGUCUGCUUUACAUUGAUCCAAUUAACGAAAAUAUCAGCGAAUAGUUUGGAAUUUAUAAAAAUGACAUUUUUUAUGUCUGGCAUGUUAACCCAAGUGUAUCUCUACUGCUGGUACGGACAUUUAGUCACUCUAAAGAGCCAAGAAAUUGCCUACGAAAUGUUCCAGACAAAUUUGAUGGAGCUAAGCACUGACAUCAAGAAGAGUCUUUUGAUUAUGAUGAGACGUACAACUAUGCCGAUCGUUUUUAUCGUUAUGAAUCUUUUCCCUCUGAAUCUCGAUUCGUUCGUGAGCAUACUUAAGACCGCAUACACUGCAUACAACUUUUUGGAACAAACUUAAGAAGAGUAA